GAGCUACCCAAGACUAAGUAUGUGAAAAGCUCUAUGUAGUAUUUAAUACAAUAGGUAAAAAUACUUUAAUAAGUACUUAGGUAUGGAGAAGCUAACUUUUCGUGAGGGGAGUAUCACUAGAGUGCCCGCGGACACCAAUUUAGCAUCUAUGCCUAAAUGGCAGGAUUUGGACAUAUUGAUUUUUAUAUGUAAUUGUGGGUCUAUGUAAUUUACUUACUUUAUGAUAUUCAACACGUGAGGUGCUUUACAUUUCUGUAUUGUUAACCUUACUUUUGUAAAGUAUUCUUACUAGAGUUGUUUAUAUACUUCUAAUGAUUUAACCAUGACAAAAAAAGAUUUAAAACGUAAAAGGAAAAUAGAUGCAGAUAAAGAAAAUGUACCGGUAGCAGAAACUUUACCAGCAAAGAGAAUGUCAAAUGAACCGCCUCUGAAAAAGACGAAAUGGAUUAACAAGCAGCGGGUGUUAGUUUUUGCUACUAGAGGAAUUAGUUAUAGGCAUCGUCAUCUUAUGGAUGAUAUAAAGACACUCAUGCCUCAUCAUCGUCCUGAAUCAAAAAUGGAACGCACUAAAAAGUUGCAAGUUGUAAAUGAGAUCUGUGAAAUGAAAAAUUGUAAUAAAACAAUAUUAUUUGAAGGCAGAAGGAAAAAGGAUCUCUACUUAUGGUUUUCUAAUAUUUCGGAUGGACCCAGUGCUAAGUUUUUAGUUGAGAAUAUUUACACAAUGGGAGAAUUAAAAAUGACUGGAAAUUGUUUGAAAGGUUCACGUCCCUUGCUAUCAUUUGAUGAAAAUUUCAAUAAACCACAUUAUAGUCUUCUGAAAGAAUUAUUCGUUCAAAUAUUUGGUGUCCCAAAUCAACACCCUAAAAGCCAACCAUUUUUUGACCACAUUUAUACAUUUAGUAUAUUAGAUAACAGAAUAUGGUUUAGGAAUUUUCAAAUUUUAACUGAAGAUGGUGGAUUAGCUGAAAUUGGUCCAAGAUUUGUAUUGAAUCCAGUCAAAAUAUUUGGUGGGAGCUUUGGAGGAGAGGUACUCUGGGAAAAUCCAGUUUAUAUUUCACCUGCAAAGUUUCGUCAAUCUAUUAAUAAAAAAGCUGCUGGUAGAUAUAUAAACAAAGUAGAACAAAAAUUAGUCCAAGAAGUUAAUAAACCCAAAGAAUCAUAUUCAUUAAAUCCUAUUGAUGAGAUAUUCAAAGGUGACCCAUUAGAAAAAGCAAAAGAAUUAGAAACAAAGGAAAUUAAGGAAACGAAAAUAACAAAAGCUAAUGAAAAUAAAAGUAUAAAAAGAAAAAAAUAUAUUAAAAAACAAUUAGGAAAAAGGGUAAAGAAAACUAAUUUAAAGAAAAAGACCAAAAUUGAGACCACGUUUGAUAAUACCUUAAACUGUUUAGCAGACUUAAAAUUUGAUGCACCUUUUUAA